AUGACUUCAAUUAAUAAUAAUUUUCAAAAUUAUAUAAAUAUACCACAAAUUAUUCACCCUCAAUUAUCAAAUAAUUUAAAUCUUUUCAAUCAAUACACUAAUAAUACCACAACAACAACAACAACAAUGAAGAGUAAUAAUAAUGCAAGCAAUUUACCACCUUUAAUACAUCCUCAAUUCAUUAAUCAAAAUAUUCCUUUAGUACAACAACAAACCAAUUAUAAUAUUCUACCACUAGCACCACCACCAGGUUUAAUGAUUCAACCACAACAAUUUAAAAUUGAUAAUAAUAAUACGACUAAUAAUGAAAUUGUUAAUGGAGGCGUGAGUGAAAAUUUGGAUUAUGAAGUGGAAUUAAUGGCAGAAUUCGUUACAAAGACCGCAUAUUUUAUCUUUGGUUCAGAUACAAGAUUAAUAUUAGAUUCAUCAUCAUCGUUUUUACUGAAUAAUACAGAAAAUAAUAAUUCGUUAGCAAUUUCUUCCCCAAAUAAUUAUAAUUUAUUCUUAAAAGGGAUAAUAUCAGUAUUAAAUGCAACAAGAUUACCUUCUGUGACUAUAUUCAUGUCAAUGGAUUACCUUUUAAAAUAUUUAAGAAAAUUACCCGAUGGAAUCGAAUCUAUUGGCGGAAAAUUUAUUAAUGUCAUUUAUCAAAAUACCAUAGUUUCAUUAAUUUUAGCUAAUAAAUUUAAUGACGAUAAAACUUUUACAAAUAAAUCGUGGUCUCAAGCAACAGGAAUGGAUAUCGAUUUAAUUAAUUCAUACGAAAAAAAUUGGUUAAAUAUUUUUAAUUGGAAACUGUAUGAUGAUAAAUUCAUCCUUUAUUCGGAUUUCGUUUAUUCAUUCCAACAAUUCUCUCAGGAGAAAACUUUAUUAAAGCAACAACAACAAGCUUAUAACAACAACAAUACUUCUAGCAUUAAUGAAUUAAACGCAUUUGGAAACUUGAAAUCACCUUUGAAUGUUCCUUCUCCGUAUUUUUCACCUACUGGUGUCACUACUCCAUCAACACCAUUCGGUUUCCAAACACCAAAAUUAUCGUCGAUAUCUUCAUCAACAAUAGCUGCUGCAACUGCUGCUGCUAUUGCUGCUGCAACUGCUACUACAGCUACUUCAUCGUCUGGUGUUUCGACAACAUCGUCCUAUGGGAAUCAAAUAUUUUCAUCACCAUACCAUUAUAUGAAUGAUGCAUAUAAUAAUAAUAAUAAUACUAAUACCAUGAAUUCACAUUUUAGUAAUUAUGAUUACCAUCCAAAUAAUUUAAAUCAUUUAAAUAUUCCAACUAUAAAAUCAUCUCCAAUGAUGAACAAAUAUAGUAAUAUCAACAACAACAAUAAUAAUAAUUUUACGAACACAUACGAUGAUCAAUUUAAUUAUGAUUAUUAUAAUUUUUAUGAUUCAAAACAAGAUAUUAAGAUUGCUCAACAACCAUUGCAACAAUUGCAACUACAACAACAGCAAUUGUUAUUGUCUCAACAACAUCAAAUACAACAAUCACAAUCGCAAUCACAACAUUUAAAGCCGAUUCAACCGGAUACUACAUAUUGGACCUCAAAUGAUCAAAUUUUAAGAAAUAAAUCAAAUAAUUUCUACAAUAAUUUCUCUACAAUUUAUUGA